AUGGACGCAGAUAGCUCGUUCCUGCCGGACAAGCUGGACAUGGACCCGGACAUGACGGAUCGGUUACAGCAGCAGCAGCACCAACAACAACACAUCGUGGUAUUAGACGAAGGAGCCUCAAGCAGCUAUUCCCGAGUGUCGCCUCCCAAAGCGGUCAUAGACAGCAGUCCACUGCAGAGCGCCAUGGACAAAAACAAAGAAUCACUGAAAGUGAAGCUGCUCGUGAGGCGAUCCUUCGAUCAGCUUGUGCAGCAAGGAAUUAUGCCUCCCCUGAAAACAUCGCCGGCGAUCUACGAGCAGCGACGGCAGCUGGAGCGGGCCAAAACCGGCGAUUUGCUCAAAGCGAAAAUCAAAAAGCGACCCGAUCGGGUGGAGCUCGAGCAGCGACACAUACUGGAGCACUGCGACAGCCACAUCGAUCCGAGUUUGGCCGAAAAACGGCGGAUGCUCGAGAAGGCGCUGCUGGUCGAUCAUCUCAACUCGAAGAUAUCGCACCGCCCGGGGCCACUGGAUUUGAUCGGUAAAAACAUUCUACACGCCGACGAACCGAUCGAGCGGAUAGUGAAGGAGGGCCUGGUGGACUACACGUCCACGUUGGAUGACGCCUCGGUCCCCACGCCAACCACGGUCGGUGAGGGGGAAGAUUCGCUCAGCUCGGAAGGCGAAUCGCUGCAGGGUGUGGCCGUUGCCCUGGUAGCCAGCCAACACGAACAGCAGGUUGCGCUGUUACCCCAUGCCGCCACAAUCCAGCUGCCGGCAGUCGUGGGACCGUCGCCCGCGACACUGCCGGCUACGCAGAUUUUAACCGUUCCAACGGAUCACUUUAUUCAACUCGAACCGGGGAUCCCAAUCAUGGGAAACGAUGGUACGCUGCUUGCUACGAUCGCCACGCAGCUCGUCACACCGACCACGACGGUGGCCACGGUGGCGGCCGUUCCUUUGGCGGCGCAGGGAGCGAAGGAGAAAAGCCGAGUGCCCGCGGUCGCGUUGCGCUCGAUACUGCCAAGUGCCAAGCCUGCCGGUGAAGUCCCACUCACCCUCUCCAUGACCGUAGCACCGUCCAUUGCGGCCGAUUUGAAGCACCACCUCAGUAGUAGUAGCAAUGGUGUCAGCAGUAGCACCACCACCGGCGGUUGCUCGGCCGGACCGGGGACCAGCAUCGGCAUCGGCGGCGGUAAAGAUAAAUCGUCGAAGAAAAAAUGCAAAUCCAAGACCAUCACCAAGGCGCGGUCAAUCAAAUUCCACGAGUACAAGGGACCGUCCGGUUCCCACAAAAGCUCCUCCGGUAGCGGCGGCGGCGGCGGCGGUAGCUUGUCGAGCGACAACAACUAUCAGCUCAUCAUGAAGCAGCAGCACCUGCUGGAGUACCUCGAGGAGAUGUGCAAGAAGCCGACCGGCAUACCGUCACCGUCGUCGUCGUCGUCGAACCGCGACCAAAUCGCUACGGAUGGCGAGGCGGACACAGCGGGAACCGGCGCCGAUUUGACACCGAUCGAUUCUCCGCUCGGUUCACAAAGUGGAGCAGCGACGCCAGCGCGGAACAAAACGAGCACCGGUGGCACCGGUGGCGCCACGGCUGGCACGGAUCUGUCCAUGGACGCACUGAACAAGUAUAAGGUGUCGCAGUUGAAGAAGUACUGCAAGCAGUACAAUCUGCCCGUGUCCGGCACGAAAUCCAACCUGAUCGAACGGUUGCGAGCGUUUGUGAAAACGGCCGAUCUGCCGGGCGGUUUGUUGCACAUUGUUUCCCCCACACCGGUGGCGGAUACCGGUGGCGAGAGUCUGGAGCUAGAGGACAAUCUGUUGGCCGAGCAGCAGAAGCGCAUCGCCGAGCUACAGCUACAGCUGAAGCGUAGCCAGGAAGAGCUCGAGCAGUUCCGUUCCAUGUGCACCAAUCAGUUUGCGGCCCCGGGUGCGCUGGACGCAGGGCCGGUGGUUCCCAUUCCGCCACCGCCGCCACCACCACCACCACAGUGCCCGCUAGGGUCGGCGCCGAAUCGUCAUCAUCUAGGCGACGUGCUCGUCGCUCGUUCGCCUUUCUCCAUCGCUGCCGACUCCCCGAUCGGUGAGGACGGUGGUGGCAGUAUUGCUGAUUCCACUGGAACCGCUGACCCCGGUCCCGGUCCGGUAGUUUCGAGGGUGCUCGAGGCGGGCUUCUUCCUUGGCGGUCUCUCAACGGCCGAUUCCACGACGGUGGAUUACGGGCACGAGAUGGAGGACAUCAUGCAUGCCGAGCUGACGGCCACCACAGCUGCGCCGACGGUCCCUUCGGCGGCGCACUCAGUCGAGCGCAGCCCAACGCACCAUGCGAUGCUGGAUAAGGUGCUGGGACAGGUGCAGCCAACCAUAUCGGGCCUAACGAUGCCGGAUCCGGUGGUGGAGGACCGCGGGCUUGUGGCACCGCAAGUUGGUGGUGUGGUCAGCGUCGUGCCACCGAUUGGCGAUAUGCACGAUCUUUCGCUCAGCAUGAAAUCCGUCAAGUUCGAAGCGCCACCGGAUACCGGUGACGACUCCAUGCAGCAGGACGCGAUCAUGCUGAAUGACUUCGGCGACAUCGAUCUGGUGGACUUUCAGAUGCACUCACUCGACAGUGACGGACCGUUCCCGAUGAUAACGAAUCACGACCCGAUGCCGGUCACUAGCAGCACCACGGAACAUCACCAUCAGCACAUGCAGCAUCAUCAUCAUCACCACCACCAGCAGCACGCAUCGCCGUCGUCAACGGCAACGCACGGCACACUGAGUCUGUUUGGCGUGCAGAAUGAUCCGAGUGGCAUAAAGUUACUGUCAAACAGUUUUCCCGAUCAUCUGCACUCCAGCGAUGGGCCAGGAGUGGUCGACGUGCUGCAACCGCAUCAAACGUACAUCAACAACAAUGACAUCCUCAGUAUUGCCGAUGAUAGCGAUGCGUUGGGAUUGCUGGAGCAAGACGAUCGGCAGAUCGGCCUCACGGCACCCACCUCUAUGAAACUGUUUCAUCAGCAUCCUCAUCUUCAGCAUCAGCAUCAUCAUCAUCAACGAGAACAACAACAGCAACUUCAUCAGCAACAAAGUGACAGUAACAAUAACAGAAACAACAGUUUCGGGGCCAACAGUUCGAUAGGCUCGUUCCGGUUUGCACUGCAGCAGCAGCAACCGAUAGCAAGCAGUAGUAGUAGCAGCGCAAGCAGCAGUCCGGGUAACUGCUUUAAAAGCCCCGCAGUUCCCGGUCAGCAGCUCACAGCCAACAACGCCAACCUUAGUAAACCUCAGACAACGCUCAUCCUCACACCGACCAACCAUGACCACCAACACCAGCAGCAACUCCACCCUAAUCAUCACCCGCAUCAGCAGCAGCUGCUCCAGCAGCAGCAAUCCCACGAUCAGUUGGGCCAAAUCAGUGCCGCCAGUGGCAGUAGCAACGGCACACUGAUGGGCGAAGACAUUGAAUCGUUUCAGGACAAUGCUAUGGAUUUUGAGAGUUUACUCACGAACGAUGAAGCGGAGGCCGAUGGCGUGCUAACCGCCAACACCUGCCACCGGAUGAUGCUGGACUGUGCGCAGGAUAAGCCCAUGUUUAGCUUCUUGCCGGAAACCAGUAUAUUAGACUACUUUAACGAAGAUUGUAACGGGCACGAUUACGAACUAAAGCAUCUGGAGUACUAA